AUGGGAACUGUAACUCGCAAAAACAUCAAUACUGGUUAUCCCAUUUGCCUUUAUACUACACCCACGACCAGACAGAACAAGAUAUGGAAGAGAAACAUUGAUAUCAUUGGACACUGGGCCAUAUGUAUCAAUGGCUACUGUUACGAACUCGCCAGACUUGCACAGGGCGUCGAGAAGACGUACGGGCUGCGCUUUCUGCCCGAAGAGGAGUGGAAAAGAAUAAAGCGACUAGAGGGAAGACGCAUCACAGAACGAGACCCUCUCGGAUAUACUGCACGGCGAUGGACUCAUGAAGAUAUCAAGCGCAUGUCUGAGUUAAUCUGGAACGGCCCCCUCCGAAACACAUACCACGAAUACAGGACCAACUGCCAAGUAUUUGUCCUCCUUCUCGUCAAUCUUGUCGGAAAUAACGACGUCAAGGUCAGUUUCCCAACACUGUUCAGUGAGAUGGUCAAGGAUGCUGGAAUUGCCCGCGAUCUGAGUUACUUCGCACUGACCGGUGCUGUGGUUGGCGGCGGUUCGGUCAUUGCGGGCAUGAGUCUUAUUUUUUCACCCAUAGACCCGACGACAGUAUUGGGUGCCUGCGCUGUCACUGCUGGGAGCGCGGCUCUCAAGGCGACCAACGAGCUUUGGGAGGGUCGAAAUAUGAGAGAGCAGUAUAUUGCGAGGACUCAGGCCGAGUUGAGGGCGCAGCUUGUGCGGGAAGGGAUUCUUUCGUAA